AUGACAGCUACCAAACUCAUCUUAGCCCUUCUCCUCUUUCUUCUAAUCUCAAGCUCCAUUGCCAACAGCAAAAAAAUUAGAGGACGCAAGCCAUGUAAAAGGCUAGUGCUUUACUUCCAUGACAUCAUAUACAAUGGAAAGAAUGCAAAGAAUGCAACAUCAGCAAUAGUGGGUUCACCAGCUUGGGGUAACAGAACCAAUUUGGCAGUGCCAAAUCGUUUUGGGGACAUGGUUAUUUUUGAUGACCCCAUUACUCUAGACAACAAUUUUCGUUCAACCCCAAUCGGACGUGCACAAGGGUUUUACUUGUAUGACAAGAAAGAAAUUUUAACUGCUUGGUUUGGUUUCUCUUUUGUUUUCAACUCUACCCAGCUUAAGGGCACCAUAAACUUUGCUGGGGCAGAUGAUAUCAUGAAGACUACUAGAGAUCUGUCGGUGAUUGGCGGUACCGGCGAUUUCUUCAUGACUCGAGGGAUGGCAACAUUGAUGACCGAUGCAUAUGAGGAUGAUCGGUACUUCCGGCUACGUGUUGAUGUUAAAUUAUACGAAUGCUAUUAG